GGCUCACAUUUUCGGUCAUUACUCCAAUGUGACUUCACCAUCAGAACAGUUGUACAGGAAUAAUCCAGGGACACCACAGAAGAUCACACUUCCAGCAAAUCACAUGUAGCAAAGCAGCAAUGGCAGAAACUAGAGACUACGUUGGAGACUUCCUGGUGGAAUUUAAGGAUGUGAUAAUUGUGAGAGCAACACAGGUCAGUGAAAUUGCAGAGGCAGUUAUUUCCCAAAGUCUGAUACAUGAACGGGCAGCUCAACAAGUGCUGAGUGCUCCAACCCAGCAGGAAGCGAUGCAGCUUCUGUUUGAGGCUCUGGAUAAAGAACCACCCCGACACAGAGUAUCCUUCCAUUUGAUCCUGAGAAUGACGGAACCUGAGCUGAUUCAAGAAUUAGAGGGGAUACAACGCAACACCAAGCACACGCAAACAGAGACAGGCAGUCCACCGAGUUCUCCCAGAGAAAAAAGAAGACAUGAUGACAAAUACGGACAUGCAAGUGACCUCCAGAAGAGAAAAGACUCGCUGAAGAGACGAAGACUGGAAACGAUGCGUGCAAUUGAACAGAUAGAGAAACUCUGGGAAGGAACCAAGAAAGAAAGAAACGAGAUAGAAAACAUGAGGCAGAGGAUACAGAGACAGCAAGAUGAGAUGGCCAGGAUGACCCUAGAGAAAAGACAACUUGAGAGAUGUAUUACUGACUCGAAAGCUGAAUUGGACUACACCCACGAAAGAAUAAGUCGGAGCAAAGAAGAGAUAGACAGAGAACAGGAAAGGAUAGAGAAAAUGAGAUCUGAUCUCCAAACGGAAACAAUCACCCUGGAACAACAGCGUUAUGAAAUCAUGAGGGAGAGACAGAAUUUGGAGAUGCUCAGAUGCGAAGCUCUGAGAGAGAAAGAGGAGCUGGAGAGCAACCGUGAAAGCACAAAGUAUGAAAUAGAACGAUUGGAACAAAAGAAAAGCGCCAUACUGGUUCAGAUUAAUGAGAUAGAGAAGAAGUUUGAGGAAACAAAACAGGAAAAAAGUCAGAUUGAGGGCAUGAAGGCCGAAAUCAACGAGGAGAGAAAUGAGCUAGAGAGAAGAAAGGAUGAUAUCAAGAGACAAAGAGAACAAUUCAAGCAGAUUAAACUUGACAUACAGCAAGUGAAGGGGGAAAUGGAGCAAAGGUGCAAUGAAACAGAAAAGGAAGGGCUGGAACAGAGAGCAACAAUCCGCAGAGAGAAAGAUGAGCUGAAAUAUUUGCAAGAUGAGAUUCAGAGAGCAAAAGAUGAGGUUGAAAGAAACAGAGCAGUGUCAAGGCAAGAGAACGAAAGACUGGGACAGCUGAGAGCUCAGGCACUUGAAGAAAAGGAUCUCAUUGAGAAGAAAUGCCAAGAGGUGUUGAGAAAAGAGAAAGAUUUUGAAGAGUUGAAGCAUAAGGUUGAGAUUGGCAGAGAGGAGUUAGUCAUGAAUGAAGAGCUGGUCAAAAAGGAAUGGGAGAAGAUAGAACAGGCCAAAUUAGAAGCACAAGCUCACAUCAACUCGAUGGAAGCCAGGGUUAAUGAUACAAAAAGAGAAAUUGAAAGACUGAAGCAUAUAAAAACGGAGAUGCAGAGAGAAAAGGAGAUUCUUGAGAAACAAAGGGAUGAUACAAGGACAGCUAAAGAGGAAAUGGAGAAAAAGAGAUAUGAGAUAGUUACAGAGGAGUUAGAGCACAGAGCUGGACUUCAGAGAGAAAGAGAUGAUCUGCAGAGUUUGAGAGUUCAGAUGCAAAGAGCCAGUGAUAUACAAAAAGCAAAGAUUCUAAAAGAGAAGGAAGAAAGCAUUCAGAUAAGAGAUGAGGCCAGACGAGACGUGGAAAGAACAGAAAGAAUCAAAGCAGAGAUAGAGGCUGAAAAAGACAAUUUAUCUAGACGACAAGAUGAAAUGCUGAGGGAGAGGCAGGACCUUGAGAGAAUUAGACAUGAGAUCAUCAGAGCCAAAGAGGAGAUUGAGAAUAGCAAGGAGGUCACAAUGCGGGAAAAUGAGAAAAUGGAAAAAAGGAAAACUGAAAUUCAAGGGCAAAUUGAAGAUGUUGAGAAAAGUGUUGCAGAGACCCAAAAGGCAAAGGAGAAAAUUGAGGAGAUGAAGGCUGAGUUAGAGGAGGAGAGGGAGGAGUUGGAAAGAAAGCGAGAAAUGGUGAGAAGUGAGAUGGAACAGUGCAAGUUUAUUAGAGGUGAAAUCAUCAGGGUAAAGGAGGAAAUGGAGAGCAGGUGGCAGGAAACAGAGAGAGAGGAAGUAGAACUUCGAGUAAAAACCCAGCAUGAGAUGGAAAGAUUGGAACAACUAAAAGAAGAGAUCCAGAGAUCCCAACAAAAUAUUGAGGAGAGUCGGAUGGAGCUAAUGCAGUGGAAGGUGAAUCUUAACAAAAUAAAAGUUCAGACAGAGGAGGAAAGAAAGGCUGUGAAUAUAAAGAUGGCUGAAGCUACAGCAAAACAAGAUGAGUUAGCAAAAAUAAUAGAAACGGUGGAGAAAGAGAGAGAAGAGAUUCAGAAAAACGGAGAUAAGGCUAAGCAAGAAGCAAAUGAAAUCAAAAACUUAAGGGCUGAAAUAGAAAACCAGAUCAUGGCAGCAAAACAAGAAAAAGAAGAGGCGAAUCAAGCCAAACUAGCAGUCCAGGAGGCUGAAUUAAUCUCAAGAAAGCAAAUAGAAGAUUUAGAAAAAAGAAAGUAUGAAACUAUAAAAGAGACAUUGGAGCAGAGAAAUGAAAUACAUAAAAAAGCAGAUGAGUUAGAGCAACUGAAUACAGAGAUACAAAGAACCAAACUUGAGCUUGAUGAGAUGAGAUAUUCUGAAAAACACAUUUUGCAGAAGAUGCUGGAGGAAGCAAAGCUAGAGAGAGAAAUGAUAGAGCAAAUGAAAAAAGUUCUGCAGAAAGAGAAGGAGAAUCAGGAGAAACUAUCAGCUGAGAUAGGCGUAGAAAGAGCAGAGCUCAAACAGACUCAGUCUCAGGUCCAGAAUGAGAAGAAUGAGGUUGAGAAAAUAAGGUAUGAGGUGAUGAGACAUAAUGUCGAACAGAGUGCUGAGUUGCAGAGACAAAGAGAAGAUCUUGAGUCCAUCACACAGCAGCAAGUUAGAGAUAAAGAAACCAUAAACAAAACCAAAGAGUUGGCACAACAAUACAGAGAGAAAGCUGAGCUUCUCAUGAACGAAAUCCAGAAACAGAGAGAGGAUCUCAAUAAAAGGUUGGAGGAGACAAAGCAUGCAGAGGACACUUUGAGACGUCUGAGAGAGGACAUGGAGCAUGAUAGAGAAGCUCUGGAGAAGAUCCGUGUGGAUACGUAUGAGGAAGUCAAGAAUGAGAUUAACAGAGUGAGGGCUGAGAUUGAGAGAUUGUGGGACGAGGCCGAAAAUGGAGAACAGGAGGAACGAGAGAAAAUAAACAAGGAGAAAGAGGAGAUGAUGAUGAAAAUGGAGGCGAUGAAGGAGGAGAUGGUGGAGAUUGAAGACAUGAAGGUGAAGCUUAAGAAACAGAAGGACGACACUGACGUAAAUAUGGAAAAGGCGAGGAUGGAAAUAACUAAACUGGAAACGAUGAAGGGAGACCUGCAAAGACAGAAGGACGAGAUUGAGAACAAGAUGGCCGAAGCAAAGAGCGAAAGGCAUCAGAUGGAACUGAUGAGGGCAGAGAUCUUGAAACAAAAAGAGGAUGUUGAACAAAAAGUGGAGCUAGCCAAAGCAGAGAUGGACAAAAUGCAGCGGGUCAAAGAUGAAAUACAAAGACAAAAACAGGAGCUGGAAGAAAGGAUGCAAAGGACCAAACGUGAGAUUGGAGAAAUGGAGCUGAUCAAAAGAGAAAUGGUGGGGAAAAAGAGAGAACUAGACCAAAGGAUGAAACUCACCAAGAGAAAGAAAGACGAGAUGGAACGACUGAGGUUGGACAUACAAAAAGCGAAGGAAGACAUGGAACGUAAAUGUAUAGAGACACAGAGGCAGAAGGAUGAAAUGGAACAGGUCAAAGCUGAAAUUCAAAGAGCGAGAGAGGAGUUUGAAUUUAGGAUGGAGGAGAGAGAUUCAGAAGCAGAAAAAGAACUGACGAACGUCACACUAAACAACCUGAUACAACAGAUCGAGGCAACAAGAGAAACGGUGAGAAAUACCAAAUUUCAGAGCGGAUACAGGAUGGCGGGGAGUCAGAUGGAGACAGCAGACCAAGACGAGAUGAAUGCUGAGAUGCAGAGGCUCAUUUUGGAGAUCGAACAUAUUCGAGAAAUGCUGCGGGGUUUUAAAAAAGAGGUGGAGCAAAACAAGGAAAUAAUGAAGAGGGAUAAGGAGGAGAUGAGGCUGCUGAAGUUGGAAGUUCAAAGAAGGAAAAGAGAAAUAGAAUACAGGGAAGAAAAAAUACUGAGGGAACGAAAUGAAGUUGAACUCUUGAGAUCUAUGAUUCAGAGACAAAGAGAUGAGCUGGAGAGGAGGUUGGAGGAGAUCAAUAAAGUGAAUGAUAGGGUGGAGAAGAUUAAAGAGUGUGCAGAACAGGCAAAAGAAGAAAUAAAGAAAGAGAAAGAACCGAUUGCUCUCGAAAAGGCUGGAAAAGGCAAGAUUCAACCAGCCAUCACCACAGUUGAAAGCCAAGAGGCCACAACAAAAGAAGAACUGGGGGCUAUGAAAGCAUUCACAUCAGAUGACUGUGAACCCAACUUGACUGAUAUACAGAGAGAAAGAACAGAACUAGAAAAAUAUAAAGAAAUAAUUUUAAAUGAGAAACACAUACUAGAGAAGACCAAAGAAAAUAUACAGGCAUUGAAGGAUGAGAUUGAAGAGCAGAUGUCCAAACUACGAGAGGAAGAAAAAGAGAUGGAAAAGAAACGAGCCAAUCUAGAAAACUGGGAGAAGAAACUGCAAUCAGAAAAUGAAGAGAACAAAAGAAACUUCGAUACAAUAUGGAAAGAGAAGCAAGAUUUGAAUCUAAGAAAACAAGAACUGGAUUGUAUUAAAGUAAAUACAAAGAGAGAGAAAUAUGAAUGGACAAGAAUGAAAGAGACUAGACAAGUUGAUGUUCAAGUACAAACUGAUGUGCCAGAGGGUGUACAUGAACCACAAAAAAAAACGACUGUUGAAACUCAAGAACAUGAUGUCAUUUUGGCCAUGGAGCAGCUGUAUAAAGAGCGACAAGCUCUAGGAGAUAUCAGAGAAGACAUACGUUCACAAAAAAGUUCAAUAGAAAGACAAGUGGCAGAAUUAAGACUGAGAGAGGAUGAACUUUUGCACAGAGAAGCUACAUUAAAAAACGCAACUAAAACCGCAGCAGGCACACAGAUGCAACUUGAGCUACAAAAAAAAGAGCUGGAUCGCAUAAAAGAUGCCCUCGGCAGAGAACAAGAUGAGCUGGAGAAGACAAAGAUAAAUAUACAGAAAGGAUGGGAUGACCUACAAACUCAAGUUUUAAGAAAUAGAGAAAAAGAUGAGAUCAUAACAAUACAAUUAGAAAAAGAAAGAGAUGUCCUUAAUCAUAUUAAACUGAAUUUAGAAAAACAGAAGCAAACCAUGGAGGCUGAUCUAAAAGCCGGUUUGGCAAGAGAUCUAGAGGACAUAGACUCUCAAAGGCAACUGGUUGAGGAAGAAAAGAAUAGAUUGGACAACAUGAAAUUUGAGCUACAAAGACAAUCCGAUGAUAAUCAGAGAUUAAAACAAGAGACACAGGAAGAAAAGCAGAUGGUGAAACAAAUGGCAGAGCAGCUUAAACAAGAGAAGGAGAAUCUUGUAGAUCUUACAGAAGAGACAAAUGGAAGGGCUGAGAUCUUAGGGAAACUGCAGCUUGAAAUAGAUAAGCAAAGAAAGGAAAUACAAACAGAAAAAGACGUGUUAGAAAAGCAAAGGUGUGACAUCGAAAAAAUACAAGCACAUAUAGAAAAUGAAAAGGAGUAUGUCGAAAACCUGAGAGAAAAGAAUGAGUUUACAUUAAAGAAGGUAAAAACAGAACAAGACACUCUAGAGAAGAUCCAGGAAAACAUUUCAAAACAAAUGGAUUCCAUUGAGAACGAAAAAAGAGGCACUGAGCAAAGAGAAACAACCCUGCACCGAAUGCCGACCGAAAUAAAGAAACAACAAAAUGAGAUUGAAGACUUGAAAAACAUUAUCUCCUUACAAAACAGUGAGCUUGAGAAAAGCAGAGCAGAAAUAGCAGAGAAGCAUAAAAAAGAAGAUGACAUCAUGGAAAUCACACAAAAUGAAAGGGACAAUCUUGACAGAGAGAGAGCUGCUUUAAUGAAACACAAAGAUCAAAUAGAGAGCAAUAUGAGAGAUUCAAUAAACAAAGAACUUGAAACUGUGAAACUUAUAAAAAAAGAGUUAUUAGAUGGUAAGCAACUUAUUGAGAACUGCAGAAUAACUUUAAGGAGCGAUAUAGAAGAUCUGGAACAAAAGAAAAUCGAUUUGAUGAGGGAGACUGAUGAGAUAAAAUUACAGAGACAAAGUAUCAAGGAUGAGAGAGGAAAGUUGGAGAACAUUAAAGCUGUCCUGCACAGAGCAGCUGAAGAUACUGAAAAGCUUAGACAAGAUACAACAGCUGAAAGAAAGAAACUCGAGAAGACUGCGGCAGAACUUCAGAAAGAAAGAGACGUCAUUGUCAGUCUUGUAGAAGAGACUAGGAGAAAAAGAGAAGAACUAGACAGAAUGCAAGCUGAUAUAGAACCGCAGAAAAAAGCAGCCGAGAUGCUGAAGGAGAUGAAGGCCGACCUGCAAAAAGAAGCAGGUAAGAUUGAAAAUAUAAGGCAAAUUGUUCAGAGUGAUAUACAGAAAGUGAAACAGAUGGAAAACCAACUUCAAAAUGACAGACGUAACACUGAUAGACUUGUUGAGGAGAUUGAAAGAAGGUCUGAAGCAAUGGAUGAGAUACAAGCAGAGAUUCAAAAGGAGAGGUUGGCAAUUAAGUCUGAAAAAGAUAUGCUAGAACAGGAACAGUCUGAACUGGAAAAAACAAAGGCAGAGAUGUCUAGGCUUAAAGAUCUUCAAGAACAACUGGCUAGGCAAAAAGAAGCAAACAAUACUAUACUUGCAGAGAUUCAUAACGAAAGAGAAAAACUUGAGGAGAUUAAAGAAACCAUCUCAAAACAAAGACAAAGUCUUGAAGAUGAUAAAGAAGCUUUGAGACUGAGGGGAAAUGAACUACAACAAAAAGAAGCAGAGAAUGAAAACCAACAAAAAGAAACAGAUGACGUGAAGAACCGUUUGAGGAUAGAAAAGAGACAAGUUGAGAGAUUGCAAGCUACAAUAGAUGAAUCCCAGAAAUAUUCAGAUGUGGAGAGACAAGAAAUGGAGAACAUUUUGAGAGAAGAGUUUAAAAGGAACUAUGAAGAUCUGGAGCUCCAAAGGAAAAGGAUAACUGAACAAAAUGAACUAUUUAAGAGCCAAAUUAAAUCACUGGAAAUGGAAAGAGAAGAAAUUGAGCAGAAGAAAGCAAAACUGCAACCUUUUGAGAGAGAUAUGCAGCAGAUGAGAGCUGAGCUUCAGAAAGAGGUUGAAGAAAUUGAAAAAUUAAAGAAAGAGUUGCUGGAUGAAAAACAGAAAAUAAAAGACAUGGCAGACCAAACAAAAAAAAAAGAAGUUGAAAGAAAAGAGGCCAUGGAUAGGAUGUACUCAUCACUCGAAAAACAAAAUCAAGCUAUUGAGACUGAAAAACACAUACUAGAAAAACAGAAAUCUGAACUGGAGAAAACCAAAACAGAGAUGGAUAGAGCAAAAGAAGAUCUAGAAACUGAACGAAAGUCUCUUGAGGAAAUGAAGAUAAACAUCUCACAACAGAAAAAUUAUAUUCACAUAGAGAAAAAUGAAUUACGAGUUAAAGAAAAUGAACUGAAUAAGUGCACCUUACAAAUGUAUGAAGAACAACAAAAAUUUGAAGAAAUUCAGAAUGAAAUCAAGAGAGACAGGGACAGACUUGAGAAAGAGAAAACUACAACCAUAGAGGAAAGACGAAUGGUGAAUGACAUGCAAAUGCAGAUGCAAAGAGAGAUUGAGAAGAUAAAACAAGAAACUCAAAAUGAAAGACAGAAAAUAGAGGAAAUGACAGCUCAGCUCAUAAAAGAAAAAUAUGAUAUCAAUAAUCUUGUUGAGGAAACAAACAGAAAACAAAUGGUCUUAGAUACAAUUAACAGUAGUAUUGAAGGGAAAAUUAAAAUCAUGGAAUCUGAUAAACACAAGCUUGACAAAGAACUAAAAGAUUUAGAGGAAACUAAAAAAGAAAUUGCAAGAGCCAAAGAUGAUCUUGAAAAGAAACUUGAAGAGCAAACAGAAAAGGAUAAGAUAACACUGUCAGAGAUUCAGAAAGAAAGAGACACUCUAGAGGAGAUGAGUGUGAACAUCACAAGACAAAUGAAAAAUCAAGAGGAACAAAUAAAACAAAAACUAAAUGAACUUAAGAAACAACAAGCAGUGAUUCUGAAUCAGCAAAGAGAAAUAGAUGAUGACAGAGACAGCAUAAUAAAGGAAAGAAGUCAGGUUGAUGUAAGACAGCUUGAGCUAGAUAAACAACAGACAGAAGUGAAUGACAUUAUAGAAUCGUUGAGGACUGAGAGAAGUCAAUUGGAUAAAGAUAAAGAAGAGCUGAAAGUACAGAAACAGAUAAUGGAGAAAAAUCUGAGAGAUGAUCUCAAGACCGAGUCUGAGAACCUGGAGCUUCUAAAGCAAGACGUACUAAGAGGAAGAGAAUUGCUAAAGAAAGACAGAGAUGAUGUCGAACAGAGCAGACAGAGUUUAGCUGAAGACAUAAAGAUGCUAACACUUCAGAAACAAAUAUUUGAAGAUGAGAAGAACAAGUUAGAACAGAUGAAGAUUGAGCUGCAAAGAGAUGCUGAUGAGAUUGAGAAGCAGAAACAAGAGACACAACAUGAAAGACAGAAGCUGGAGGAAAUGACUGCACGCCUAAAGAAAGAAAGAGAUGAUAUUGUCAUGCUCACUGAAGAGACAAUGAGAAAGAAUGAGAUUCUGAAUGAAAUGCAAGCUGCACACGAGACUGCAUUGGAUGAUCUACAAAGAGAGAAAAACACUCUCGAGCAAAUGAGAGUGAACAUCUACAAACAAAGGGAAGACAUUGAAAAUGAGAAAGAAAUUAUAUAUCUCAGAAAAGAUGAACUGGAGAAACUGAGAAAAGAGAUUUAUGAUGAUCGAAGUGAAAUGGAAAACCUCAAACAAAACAUCACUACUCACCAAAAACUGCUGAAGAACAAUAUGAGAGAUCUAGAAGAAAAAAGAGCCAAUAUUGACAUCGAUUUGGAGAGUCUCAAACUUGAGAGGGAAUCUAUUGAGAACGAGAAGAAAGUAAUGGAACAUGAGAAAACUGAGAUGGAAAGAGAGAUUGAGAAGUUAAAACAAGAAACUCAAAAUGAAAGACAGAAAAUAGAGGAAAUGACAGCUCAGCUCAUAAACGAAAAAGAUGAAAUCAAUAAUCUUGUUGAGGAAACAAACAGAAAACAAAUGGUCUUAGAUACAAUUAACAGUAGUAUUGAAGGGAAAAUUAAAAUCAUGGAAUCUGAUAAACACAAGCUUGACAAAGAACUAAAAGAUUUAGAGGAAACUAAAAAAGAAAUUGCAAGAGCCAAAGAUGAUCUUGAAAAGAAACUUGAAGAGCAAACAGAAAAGGAUAAGAUCACACUGUCAGAGAUUCAGAAAGAAAGAGACACUCUAGAGGAGAUGAGUGUGAACAUCACGAGACAAAUGAAAAAUCAAGAGGAACAAAUAAAACAAAAACUAAAUGAACUUGAGAAACUACAAGCUGUAAUUCUGAAUCAGCAAAGAGAAAUAGAUGAUGACAGAGACAGCAUAAUAAAGGAAAGAAGUCAGGUUGAUCUAAGACAGCUUGAGCUAGAUAAACAACAGACAGAAGUGAAUGACAUUAUAGAAUCGUUGAGGACUGAGAGAAGUCAAUUGGAUAAAGAUAAAGAAGAGCUGAAAGUAAAUAAACAGAUAAUGGAGAAAAAUCUGAGAGAUGAUCUCAAGACCGAGUCUGAGAACCUGGAGCUUCUAAAGCAAGACGUACUAAGAGGAAGAGAAUUGCUAAAGAAAGACAGAGAUGAUGUCGAACAGAGCAGACAGAGUUUAGCUGAAGACACAAAGAUGCUAACACUUCAGAAACAAAUAUUUGAAGAUGAGAAGAACAAGUUAGAACAGAUGAAGAUUGAGCUGCAAAGAGAUGCUGAUGAGAUUGAGAAGCAGAAACUAGAGACACAACAUGAAAGACAGAAGGUGGAGGAAAUGACUGCACAACUAAAGAAAGAAAGAGAUGAUAUUGUCAUACUCACUGAAGAGGCAAAGAGAAAGAAUGAGAUUCUGAAUGAAAUGCAAGCUGCACACAAGACUGCACUGGAUGAUCUACAAAGAGAGAAAAACACUCUCGAGCAAAUGAGAGUGAACAUCUACAAACAAAGGGAAGACAUUGAAAAUGAGAAAGAAAUUAUAUAUCUCAGAAAAGAUGAACUGGAGAAACUGAGAAAAGAGAUUUAUGAUGAACAAAGUGAAAUGGAAAACCUCAAACAAAACAUCACUACUCACCAAAAACUGCUGAAGAACAAUAUGAGAGAUGUAGAAGAAAAAAGAGCCAAUAUUGACAUCGAUUUGGAGAGUCUCAAACUUGAGAGGGAAUCUAUUGAGAACGAGAAGAAAGUGAUGGAACAUGAGAAAACUGAGAUGCAAAGAGAGAUUGAGAAGUUAAAACAAGAAACUCAAAAUGAAAGACAGAAAAUAGAGGAAAUGACAGCUCAGCUCAUAAAAGAAAAAGAUGAAAUCAAUAAACUUGAGGAGGAAACAAACAGAAAACAAAUGGUCUUAGAUGAAAUGAACACUAAUAUUGAAGAGAAAAUGAAAAUCAUUGAAUGUGAUAAAGACAAGCUUGACAAAGAACUAGAAGGUUUAGAAGAAACUAAAAACGAAAUUGCAAGAGCCAAAGAUGAUCUUGAAAAGAAAGUUGCAGAGCAAACAGAAAAGGAUAAGAUCACACUGUCAGAGAUUCAGAAAGAAAGAGACACUCUAGAGGAGAUGAGUGUGAACAUCACGAGACAAAUGAAAAAUCAAGAGGAACAAAUAAAACUAAAACUAAAUGAACUUGAGAAACUACAAGCUGUAAUUCUGAAUCAGCAAAGAAAAAUAGAUGAUGACAGAGACAGCAUAAUAAAGGAAAGAAGUCAGGUUGAUGUAAGACAGCUUGAGCUAGAUAAACAACAGAAAGAAGUGAAUGACAUUAUAGAAUUGAUGAGGACUGAGAGAAGUCAAUUGGAUAAAGAUAAAGAAGAGCUGAAAGUAAAUAAACAGAUAAUGGAGAAAAAUCUCAGAGAUGAACUCAAGACUGAGACUGAGAACCUGGAGCUUCUAAAGCAAGACGUACUAAGAGGAAGAGAAUUGUUAAAGAAAGACAGAGAUGAUGUUGAACAGAGCAGACAGAGUUUAGCUGAAGACACAAAGAUGCUAACACUUCAGAAACAAAUAUUUGAAGAUGAGAAGAACAAGUUAGAACAGAUGAAGAUUGAGCUGCAAAGAGAUGCUGAUGAGAUUGAGAAGCAGAAACAAGAGACACAACAUGAAAGACAGAAGCUGGAGGAAAUGACUGCACACCUAAAGAAAGAAAGAGAUGAUAUUGUCAUGCUCACUGAAGAGACAAUGAGAAAGAAUGAGAUUCUGAAUGAAAUGCAAGCUGCACACAAGACUGCAUUGGAUGAUCUACAAAGAGAGAAAAACACUCUCGAGCAAAUGAGAGUGAACAUCUACAAACAAAGGGAAGACAUUGAAUGUGAGAAAGAAAUUAUAUGUCUCAGAAAAGAUGAACUGGAGAAACUGAGAAAAGAGAUUUAUGAUGAACAAAGUGAAAUGGAAAACAUCAAACAAAACAUCACUACUCACCAAAAACUGCUGAAGAACGAUGUUAAGGAUCUAGAAGAAAAAAGAGCCAAUAUUGACAUAGAUUUGGAGAGUCUCAAACUUGAGAGGGAAUCUAUUGAGAACGAGAAGAAAGUGAUGGAACAUGAGAAAACUGAGAUGGAAAGAGAGAUUGAGAAGUUAAAACAAGAAACUCAAAAUGAAAGACAGAAAAUAGAGGAAAUGACAGCUCAGCUCAUAAAAGAAAAAGAUGAAAUCAAUAAUCUUGUUGAGGAAACAAACAGAAAACAAAUGGUCUUAGAUGAAAUGAACACUUAUAUUGAAGAGAAAAUGAAAAUCAUUGAAUGUGAUAAACACAAGCUUGACAAAAAACUAGAAGGUUUAGAGGAAACUAAAAACGAAAUUGCAAGAGCCAAAGAUGAUCUUGAAAAGAAACUUGCAGAGCAAACAGAAAAGGAUAAGAUCACACUGUCAGAGAUUCAGAAAGAAAGAGACACUCUAGAGGAGAUGAGUGUGAACAUCACGAGACAAAUGAAAAAUCAAGAGGAACAAAUAAAACAAAAACUAAAUGAACUUGAGAAACUACAAGCUGUAAUUCUGAAUCAGCAAAGAGAAAUAGAUGAUGACAGAGACAGCAUAAUAAAGGAAAGAAGUCAGGUUGAUGUAAGACAGCUUGAGCUAGAUAAACAACAGAAAGAAGUGAAUGACAUUAUAGAAUUGAUGAGGACUGAGAGAAGCCAAUUGGAUAAAGAUAAAGAAGAGCUGAAAGUAAAUAAACAGAUAAUGGAGAAAAAUCUCAGAGAUGAACUCAAGACUGAGACUGAGAACCUGGAGCUUCUAAAGCAAGACGUACUAAGAGGAAGAGAAUUGUUAAAGAAAGACAGAGAUGAUGUUGAACAGAGCAGACAGAGUUUAGCUGAAGACACAAAGAUGCUAACACUUCAGAAACAAAUAUUUGAAGAUGAGAAGAACAAGUUAGAACAGCUGAAGAUUGAGCUGCAAAGAGAUGCUGAUGAGAUUGAGAAGCAAAAACAAGAGACACAACAUGAAAGACAGAAGCUGGAGGAAAUGACUGCACACCUAAAGAAAGAAAGAGAUGAUAUUGUCAUGCUCACUGAAGAGACAAUGAGAAAGAAUGAGAUUCUGAAUGAAAUGCAAGCUGCACACGAGACUGCAUUGGAUGAUCUACAAAGAGAGAAAAACACUCUCGAGCAAAUGAGAGUGAACAUCUACAAACAAAGGGAAGACAUUGAAAAUGAGAAAGAAAUUAUAUAUCUCAGAAAAGAUGAACUGGAGAAACUGAGAAAAGAGAUUUAUGAUGAUCGAAGUGAAAUGGAAAACCUCAAACAAAACAUCACUACUCACCAAAAACUGCUGAAGAACAAUAUGAGAGAUCUAGAAGAAAAAAGAGCCAAUAUUGACAUCGAUUUGGAGAGUCUCAAACUUGAGAGGGAAUCUAUUGAGAACGAGAAGAAAGUGAUGGAACAUGAGAAAACUGAGAUGGAAAGAGAGAUUGAGAAGUUAAAACAAGAAACUCAAAAUGAAAGACAGAAAAUAGAGGAAAUGACAGCUCAGCUCAUAAAAGAAAAAGAUGAAAUCAAUAAACUUGUUGAGGAAACAAACAGAAAACAAAUGGUCUUAGAUACAAUUAACACUAAUAUUGAAGAGAAAAUGAAAAUCAUUGAAUGUGAUAAACACAAGCUUGACAAAGAACUAAAAGAUUUAGAGGAAACUAAAAAAGAAAUUGCAAGAGCCAAAGAUGAUCUUGAAAAGAAACUUGCAGAGCAAACAGAAAAGGAUAAGAUCACACUGUCAGAGAUUCAGAAAGAAAGAGACACUCUAGAGGAGAUGAGUGUGAACAUCACGAGACAAAUGAAAAAUCAAGAGGAACAAAUACAACAAAAACUAAAUGAACUUGAGAAACUACAAGCUGUAAUUCUGAAUCAGCAAAGAGAAAUAGAUGAUGACAGAGACAGCAUAAUAAAGGAAAGAAGUCAGGUUGAUCUAAGACAGCUUGAGCUAGAUAAACAACAGAAAGAAGUGAAUGACAUUAUAGAAUUGAUGAGGACUGAGAGAAGCCAAUUGGAUAAAGAUAAAGAAGAGCUGAAAUUACAGAAACAGAAAAUAGAGAAAAAUCUCAGAGAUGAACUCAAGACCGAGUCUGAGAACCUGGAGCUUCUAAAGCAAGACCUACUAAGAGGAAGAGAAUUGUUAAAGAAAGACAGAGAUGAUGUCGAACGGAGCAGACAGAGUUUAGCUGAAGACACAAAGAUGCUAACACUUCAGAAACAAACAUUUGAAGAUGAGAAGAACAAGUUAGAACAGAUGAAGAUUGAGCUGCAAAGAGAUGCUGAUGAGAUUGAGAAGCAAAAACAAGAGACACAACAUGAAAGACAGAAGCUGGAGGAAAUGACUGCACACCUAAAGAAAGAAAGAGAUGAUAUUGUCAUGCUCACUGAAGAGACAAUGAGAAAGAAUGAGAUUCUGAAUGAAAUGCAAGCUGCACACAAGACUGCAUUGGAUGAUCUACAAAGAGAGAAAAACACUCUCGAGCAAAUGAGAGUGAACAUCUACAAACAAAGGGAAGACAUUGAAUGUGAGAAAGAAAUUAUAUAUCUCAGAAAAGAUGAACUGGAGAAACUGAGAAAAGAGAUUUAUGAUGAACAAAGUGAAAUGGAAAACAUCAAACAAAACAUCACUACUCACCAAAAACUGCUGAAGAACGAUGUUAAGGAUCUAGAAGAAAAAAGAGCCAAUAUUGACAUAGAUUUGGAGAGUCUCAAACUUGAGAGGGAAUCUAUUGAGAAUGAGAAGAAAGUGAUGGAACAUGAGAAAACUGAGAUGGAAAGAGAGAUUGAGAAGUUAAAACAAGAAACUCAAAAUGAAAGACAGAAAAUAGAGGAAAUGACAGCUCAGCUCAUAAAAGAAAAAGAUGAAAUCAAUAAUCUUGUGGAGGAAACAAAAAGAAAACAAAUGGUCUUAGAUGAAAUGAACACUUAUAUUGAAGAGAAAAUGAAAAUCAUUGAAUGUGAUAAAGACAAGCUUGACAAAGAACUAGAAGGUUUAGAGGAAACUAAAAACGAAAUUGCAAGAGCCAAAGAUGAUCUUGAAAAGAAAGUUGCAGAGCAAACAGAAAAGGAUAAGAUCACACUGUCAGAGAUUCAGAAAGAAAGAGACACUCUAGAGGAGAUGAGUGUGAACAUCACGAGACAAAUGAAAAAUCAAGAGGAACAAAUAAAAAAAAAACUACAUGAACUUGAGAAACUACAAGCUGUAAUUCUGAAUCAACAAAGAGAAAUAGAUGAUGACAGAGACAGCAUAAUAAAGGAAAGAAGUCAGGUUGAUCUAAGACAGCUUGAGCUAGAUAAACAACAGACAGAAGUGAAGGACAUUAUAGAAUUGAUGAGGACUGAGAGAAGCCAAUUGGAUAAAGAUAAAGAAGAGCUGAAAGUAAAGAAACAGAUAAUGGAGAAAAAUCUCAGAGAUGAACUCAAGACCGAGUCUGAGAACCUGGAGCUUCUAAAGCAAGACGUACUAAGAGGAAGAGAAUUGUUAAAGAAAGACAGAGAUGAUCUUGAACAGAGCAGACAGAGUUUAGCUGAAGACACAAAGAUGCUAACACUUCAGAAACAAAUAUUUGAAGAUGAGAAGAACAAGUUAGAACAGAUGAAGAUUGAGCUGCAAAGAGAUGCUGAUGAGACUGAGAAGCAGAAACAAGAGACACAACAUGAAAGACAGAAGCUGGAGGAAAUGACUGCACACCUAAAGAAAGAAAGAGAUGAUAUUGUCAUGCUCACUGAAGAGACAAUGAGAAAGAAUGAGAUUCUGAAUGAAAUGCAAGCUGCACACAAGACUGCAUUGGAUGAUCUACAAAGAGAGAAAAACACUCUCGAGCAAAUGAGAGUGAACAUCUACAAACAAAGGGAAGACAUUGAAAAUGAGAAAGAAAUUAUAUGUCUCAGAAAAGAUGAACUGGAGAAACUGAGAAAAGAGAUUUAUGAUGAUCGAAGUGAAAUGGAAAACCUCAAACAAAACAUCACUACUCACCAAAAACUGCUGAAGAACGAUGUUAAGGAUCUAGAAGAAAAAAGAGCCAAUAUUGACAUAGAUUUGGAGAGUCUCAAACUUGAGAGGGAAUCUAUUGAGAACGAGAAGAAAGUGAUGGAACAUGAGAAAACUGAGAUGGAAAGAGAGAUUGAGAAGUUAAAACAAGAAACUCAAAAUGAAAGACAGAAAAUAGAGGAAAUGAAAGCUCAGCUCAUAAAAGAAAAAGAUGAAAUCAAUAAUCUUGAGGAGGAAACAAAAAGAAAACAAAUGGUCUUAGAUGAAAUGAACACUAAUAUUGAAGAGAAAAUGAAAAUCAUUGAAUGUGAUAAAGACAAGCUUGACAAAGAACUAGAAGGUUUAGAGGAAACUAAAAACGAAAUUGCAAGAGCCAAAGAUGAUCUUGAAAAGAAAGUUGCAGAGCAAACAGAAAAGGAUAAGAUCACACUGUCAGAGAUUCAGAAAGAAAGAGACACUCUAGAGGAGAUGAGUGUGAACAUCACGAGACAAAUGAAAAAUCAAGAGGAACAAAUAAAACAAAAACUAAAUGAACUUGAGAAACUACAAGCUGUAAUUCUGAAUCAGCAAAGAGAAAUAGAUGAUGACAGAGACAGCAUAAUAAAGGAAAGAAGUCAGGUUGAUCUAAGACAGCUUGAGCUAGAUAAACAACAGAAAGAAGUGAAUGACAUUAUAGAAUUGAUGAGGACUGAGAGAAGCCAAUUGGAUAAAGAUAAAGAAGAGCUGAAAUUACAGAAACAGAAAAUAGAGAAAAAUCUCAGAGAUGAACUCAAGACAGAGUCUGAGAACCUGGAGCUUCUAAAGCAAGACCUACUAAGAGGAAGAGAAUUGUUAAAGAAAGACAGAGAUGAUGUCGAACGGAGCAGACAGAGUUUAGCUGAAGACACAAAGAUGCUAACACUUCAGAAACAAACAUUUGAAGAUGAGAAGAACAAGUUAGAACAGAUGAAGAUUGAGCUGCAAAGAGAUGCUGAUGAGAUUGAGAAGCAAAAACAAGAGACACAACAUGAAAGACAGAAGCUGGAGGAAAUGACUGCACACCUAAAGAAAGAAAGAGAUGAUAUUGUCAUGCUCACUGAAGAGACAAUGAGAAAGAAUGAGAUUCUGAAUGAAAUGCAAGCUGCACACAAGACUGCAUUGGAUGAUCUACAAAGAGAGAAAAACACUCUCGAGCAAAUGAGAGUGAACAUCUACAAACAAAGGGAAGACAUUGAAUGUGAGAAAGAAAAUAUAGAACUCAGAAAAGAAAAACUACAAGAAAAUAGAGCCAACAUUGACAAAGAUUUGAAGAGUUUCAAACUUGAGAGUGAAGCUUUUGAGAAUGAGAAGAAACUGUUGGAACAGAUAAAAACUAACAUGAAAAAAGAAGGACAUGAGAUUGAGAUUUUAAAGCAAGAAACCCAAAAUGAAAGGGAGAAGAUAGAGAAAAUCAAAGGUCAACUCCAAAUAGAGAGAGGUUACAUAAAUAAUCUUGUGGAAGAAACAAAGAGAAAACAAAUGGUUCUGGAUGAAAUUAAUACUGACAUUGAAGAGAAAAUAAAAGCCAUUCAAUGUGAUAGCGUCAUGCUUGAGAAAGAAAAAAAUGAUUUGGAGGAAACUAAAAAAGAAAUUGCAAUAGCCAAAGAUGAUCUUGAAAAGCAAGUUUCAGAGCAAAGAGAAAAGAAUGUGAUCACACUGUCAGAGAUGCAGAAAGAAAGAGACACUCUGGAGGAGAUAAAUGUGAACAUCACAAGAAAAAUACAUGACAUUAAAAAUCAAGAGGAACAAUUAAAACAAAAACAAAAUGAACUUGGGCAACUACAAGCUGAAAUUCUGAAUCAGCAAAGAGAAAUAAAUAAUGACAGAGCCAGUCUAAUAAAGGAAAGAAGUCAGGUUCAACUUAGACAGCUUGAGCUAGAUAAACAACAGACAGAAGUGAAAGACAUUAUGGAAUCAAUGAAAAAUGAGAGAAGCCAACUGGAUGAUGAUAAAGAAGAGGUGGAAGAAGAGAAGCUGAAAAUGGAGAAAAAUCUCAGAGAUUCUCUCAAGACUGAGACUGACAACUUGGAGGUUCUAAAGAAAGACUUAAUAAGAGAAAGAGAAUUAUUUGAAAGUAACAAAACCUUGCUCCAGGAAGAAAGAUAUUAUGUAGACCAAAGCAGAAUGAAUCUAGCUCAAGAGAUAGAGAUGAUAUCACUUCAGAAACAAAUGUUUGAAGACCAGAAAAACAAAUUAACACAGAUGGAGUUAGAUCUGCAAAGACAGGCUGAUGAUAUCAAAAAGCAUAAAGGAGAAAUGCUAAAUGAAAGACAAAACUUGGAAGAAGUGGCCGCACAACUUCAAAAAGAGAGAGAUGAUAUUGUACAAUUCACAAUUAAUGAAAGAAAGAGUGUUGAACUUGAAAGAGUGUCAGUGGUCAGGGAAAAACAGAAUAUGAUGGAUGAACUGAAAAAGAAGAGUGAAAAUCUUGAUCUCCAUAUGAAAGAUGUAAUGACUGAAAAGAAAUCACUGGAAAAUGACAGGCAAAUGUUGACAAGAAAAGUAGAAGAUCUACAACAAAAAAGAGCUCAUGCAGACCAAUAUUUAGAGAGCCUCAAACUUGAGAAAGACGCUUUUGAGAAUGAGCAGGAAGUGAUGGAACAGAUGAAAACUGAGAUGCUUCUUGUUGUAGAAGAGAGGCCCAGGUUGGAACAGAUGAGAGCUACAAUACAAAGAGAAGCCGAUCACAUUAAUCAGCAAAGGCAGAACCUUCAGAUUGAAAAACGGAUUCUAGAAGAAAUGAAAGCUCAAUUUCAAGAAGAGAGGAGGAGCAUUGAGCAUCUCAGUGAGGAGAUAAAUAUGCAGAAAUACAAUCAACACAGACAAGCAGAAGAGUGUGAAAUGGAGAAGGCUGUUCUUGAAAACACCAAAACUGAAAUUGCUAAAGCACUUGAAUGUCUUGCAGAAGAAAGUCGAAAGAAUGAGAUGACAAUGGCAGAGAUACAAAAGCAAAAGGACACUCUUGAGGAAAUGAGGGGGAACAUCUCACAACAAAUGGAGAACAUUACAAACGAAAACCAAAAUCUGUCUCGCAGAGAAAGUGAACUCGCACAACUGCAGAAAGAUGUUCUUAAACAACAACAGGACAUGGAUGAACUGAAGAAGAAUAUCAUGAUGGAAAUGGAUAAGCUUGACCAAAGACAGACCGACAUUGAUCAUUUACAGAGAGAGGUCGAUGAGUUUAUGGACUUCACAAAGACAGAAAUGACAAACACUAAAAAAGAAAGGGUUGAACUGAUGGAACAAAAGAGAAGUAUGGAUAGUGAUAUGGCCAUUCUAGAGACAGAGAAGGAGAAUAACAAACAACUGAAAAUCAAGUUAUUUGAGGAACAACAUCUAAUUGAAAAAAACAGAGAGCUGGUGGCCAGAGAUCUGGAAAUUAUGGACACACAGAAGGCACAUAUAGAAAAUGAAUUUGAGAAAAUAAAAAUUGAGAAACAAAUAAUUGAAAAUGAGAAGGAACAGCUACAGACAAUAAGAACUGUCCUUCAAAGACAAACUGAAGAUCUUGACAAACUAACUGAGGAAACAAAGAAUGAAAGAUUGCAGUUUACAGAGAUGACAGUCCGACCACAAAAACAAAGAGAUGAAAUUAGUCCUACUGAACAGAUAAGUAAUCAGAUCCCAGAUGGAAUAUAUGAUGAGAUUGAAAAGCAAAGGAAAGCAAUUCAGGCUGACGAAGACCUGCUUCAAAAAGAAAAAUCUCAGCUGGAGAAAACCAAGGAAGAAAUAUGCAAAGCCAUGGGAGAUCUAGAUAGAAGAAGAGCUGAGAUACUGAGUGAGAAAGAAAUUCUUCAGCAGAUGAAUACAAACAACAUGCAACAAAUAGCUUAUAUUGAAAACGAGAGGGAAAUUAUAAGAUACAAGGAAAAUACACUACAUCAAGUGAGAAUGGAACUUGAAGAUCAACAAAAGGAAAUGGACGACAUUAAAAACAAUAUAACGCUGGAAAGAAUCAAUAUGGAGCACAUGGAACAAAAAAGAGAAAAGUUAAUUAGAGAUUUAGAAAACUUCAGAAUGCAGAAAGAAGCUUUUGAGAAUGAGAAAGAUAAGGUGCAAAAAGAGAAAGAAGAUAUGAAAAUGUUAAAGCUAGAAAUUCAGAGAGAGUUGGAAAAAGAGAGACAACGUCUGGCUGAAGAGACCAAAAUGAAAAGCGACAUCCUUGAUAAAAUUCAAGCUGAGACAGAAAGACAAAGACAAGUCUCUGCUGCAGAAAAAGAGUUGAUUAUGAAGGAAAGGUUGGAUCUGGAAAAAGCAAAAGAAGAUCUGAACAGACAAUGCGUUAUCCAACCUGAGAAGAACGACACCAUACGGACAGAGCAACUAAAAGAGAGAGAAUCUCUUGAUCAAAUGAAUUUGGAGAUCUUAAGACAACAGCUAGAUUUUGAUAGUGAGAGGGCUGAGCUGUUGGAGCAGAGACAGCAGAUGGAGAUUCGUUUGAGGGCAACGCUAAACUUGGAAAAUGUGGAGGAGCUUAAGAAAGAGCUUGUGGAUGAGAAGGAAAUGACUGAGAAAACCAGAAACCAGCUGAAAGAAGAAAUAGAUUAUGUUGAGCAAAAGGAAUCAAAUCUGGACAAAGAACUAGAAGUGAUAAAAUUCCAACAAAACACUAUGCAAGAUGAAAGAGAUAAACUAGAGCAAAUGAAGGCUGAGCUUCAAAUGAAAGCUGAGGACAUGGAAAAGUCAAUGGAGGAAAUACUUAGUGAGAGGGAGAAAGAUGUACUUCAAAGGAAGUCAGACGAGAGCAAACUAAGAACAGAUAUUGAUAAAGCAAAAACCAAGAUACAACAACAAAAGGAAGAGUUGGAAAGCUAUGCCAUGGAGCUGGAAAAAUCUAGACUAGAUCUAAGGGAGGCAAGAGCGGAGAUAGUCAAAGUCAGACAUGAUGCUUCACGACAGAUAACACAACAGAUGGAGGACCAUGAACAAAAUGAAAAAGAUAAUAUCGAGGAUGUUAAAAAGAUUUUGCUUAAACAGGAAAAGGACAUUGAAAAGGAAAAGAAAGAAAUAACAGUGAAAUUUGAUGAACUACAACUUCUUCUGGCAGAAAUAGAGAAACAGAAAGAAGAGAUGAGAAACCUGAGAGAUAAAGCGGGGCAAGAAAUUCAAGAUGAGCAAAGGAAGCAACAGAUGCAAGCAGCGGAACAGAGUCAACAGAUGGAUGAGUUGAAAAGGGAGAUGGACAAAAUCAAUGCUCUAAAAGCUGUAUUAGCACAAGAAAGAGAAGAAAGUGAAGAAAAAUUGAGAGAGAUUAAAAUGGAAAUGGUUAAAUAUGAACAGAUAAAAUCAAAUAUUCUAUCUGAAAAAGAAGAGAUUGAGGCUAAAAAGCAAUUAGAGAUGGAUGAAAUUAUUGCUACAAAAGCUGAAAUACUAAAACAAAAAGAGGAAUUAGAAGAGAAGAUGCAGAAGACUAAACGUGAGAUGGGAGAACUUCAGUUUCUCAGGGAUGAAACUGACAGUAAGAAAAAAGAUCUUGACCACAGAAUGAGACAGGCAGCAAAACAAAGAGACGAGAUGGGGAAACUGAGGGUUGAACUAGAAAGUGCAAGUGAGAAACAUGACAUGGAGAGGGUCAUGUUAAGUGUAGAGCGAAAGGAGGUAGAACGUUUGAAAGCUGAGAUCCAAAGACCAAUCUCAAUACCAUCUCAAAUGGAAGCAAUAGGUAAAGAUUUGGAGGAGAAAGAGUUACAGAAGCUUCUUCAGGACAUUGAAAAGACUGGAGAAAUGUUUUGGAAAACAAUACAUGAUCCAGAACAAAGAAUGGAGAGAGAUGUUGCAGUGGAUGUUGAGGAAAGGAAAGAAAAAGUAUACCGCUUGUCUGAAGGGAAUGAGAUGAAAAAGAGGGACCUUGAUACUAUGAUGAAGGAGGUGGAAGAGCAAAUAAAAGAAAACAAAAUAACAAAAAUGAAGUUUGAAAAGGAAAAGAGAGAGGUGGAAAGUAUUAAAAAUGAAAUUGAGAUGGAAAAGAAAGACCUGGAAAUGCAAAGGUUAGACCAAAGAGAACUUGUUUCAGUAAUGAAGAGAGAGGUACAAAGGGAAAGGCUGGCUUUUGAGCAGAUGAAGGAUGAACUUUUUGCAGAAAAAGAAGCAAUAGAGAAAGAAAAGAAUAACUUGAUCACAACCAAGCAGCAAAUAGAAAUGUUAAGAUCAGAGCUAAAAUAUGAGCAAGAUGAAAAUGAGAAUAUAAAGAAAAACAUAAUUUUUGAGAAAUCCAACAUUGAGAAACAGCAGAUUGACAUACUUAGCCAGUGGCAGGAGAAUGAUAAAACCAGGGAAGAAAAUGCUAAAGAGAGAGAACAUCUGGAAAAAAAGAGGGCUGAAAUAGAAGAACAAAAACAGACGUUGGAGUUGAACAUGACAAAAAUGUUGGAAAAGAAACAGGAACUUGAUCAUUUAGCACAAGAGCUGCAUGCAUCCAAGGAAGAGAUUAAACAAAUGCAAGCCCUGCUAGAAGCUGAAAUAAUGAGGGAACGUGAUGAAAUGAAGACCACAAUGCAAACAACGAUCAUUGAGAAAGCCAAUUUGCAACAAAUAAUAGAUCAAAGUUUAAAAGAGAUACAAGAAGAAAGAAGUGAGUUAAAUGAGAUGAGGAGUAAACUCGAGGAAGAAAAACAACAUGUACAGGGUACGCAGAACAUGAUAAAUACAUUAACAAGAGAUCUGGAACUCAUUAAAGCUGAGAUAGAAGAAAAACAACAAGAGAUCAAAACUGAUAUGGACAAACUCCAAGAAGAGAGAAACCUGGUUGACCAGGUAAAGGCUGAGGUACAAAACGAUGCUGACAGAAUAAAAGAUGCCUUUGAGGAGAUCAGGAUGGAGCGAGAGACACUUGAGAAGAUGGAGUCCCACUUAAAACUAAUAAACGAACAGUGUGAUGCUACUAUGGAGGAGGUACACAAGAAGAGGAGUGAGCUGGAAAAGACUGUCAUUGAGAUAGAAAAAAAUCAAAAUAUUGAUGCCGAAAAACAGCUUCUGGAGGAAACGAGAAAGGAUGUUGAAAGAGAAAAAUCUGAGUUACAAAGAAGAAGAGAAGACCUAGAGGUGCAACUCAUGAAACUCAAAGAACAGGAAGACAUCGAUAAAACAGCCAAGGAGGUGAAGGAAAAGCUUCUUGAACAAGAGCGUGAUGAUAUCUUGAGACAGAGAGAUGAAUUAGAAAAAGAAAAAGAGCACAUGAUGAAAAAGUGGAAGGAGUUGGACAUUCUUAUGAAGGAAAUGCAAAAACAAAGAGAUGAAAUUGAAGAAAUCAAACGUAAGAUAGAGACUGAAAAGAUAGAAAUUAAUCAACAGAAACAAAGACUGGAUGAGAGUAUGAAAGUGAUGAAUGAGGAGAGAAUUUAUCUGAAAAAGAUGAAGAUUGAAUCUGAAGCACACAGACAACAAAUUGAGAAAGAGAUUAGAGUAGGAGCAGACAUGGAGAGAGAAGAACUUAAUCGGGUAAAGAGUGAAUUGGAGAGAGAUAGGACUGAACUAGAUAAAACGCAGCAGAAAAUGGAUGAUAAUUGGAAAGAAACUCAACAGAUGAGGAAUGAUCUGGAGAAAAUGAGAUUUGAAAUAAUUAAACAAAAAGAACAAAUGGAAAAAGUAAUCAGAGAGGCAAUAAGACAAGAGAGAUCAGAACUUGACCAGAAAAUCAAAGAGAUUGAUCGAGAAAAAGUUGAAAUUGAAAGAGGCAAAGAAACAGUUAUGCGGUUGAAUGAUGAGCUGCUACAGCAGAGAAAUUAUAUAAAACUCCUUCAAGAAAAAACUGAACUUGAGAGACGAAAGUUUAUUGAUGAAAAAGAUCUUCUGGGUCAAAGAAAAACUGAACUGCAAAAAGAUAUUAAAUAUAUGGAGGAGAAAAUAAAGGCAGAGAGAGAAACACUGAAGGAAAGAAAAGAAUGUCUGCAAAAAGACAAAGAGGAAAUUGAAAGUGCCAUUGGGGAAACAAGGAGAAGACAAGAGGAUUUAGAAAAAAAGAGUACAGAUAUAAUGGAACAAAAACAGGACCUGAAGACUAACAGAGAUCUUCUGGAACAAGAGAGGGAAGAAAUAAACGAUAAAUGGACUGAGUUAAAGAAGAGAAUUGAUGAAUUUGAGGACCAAGUCAGAAAACAGAAAGAAGAGGAAGCAAUGAAUCAGACAACAAUACAAAAACAAAGAAAAUGUCUAGAGCAGCUCAAUACAGAGAUCCUGAAACUAAAGACCAAAGCUGAACAAGAACAACAUGACAUAAAGCUAGAAAGACAAGAGUUAAACGCAUUGCGAGAGCAAAUUAAUAAAGAAAAAGAGGAACUACAAGAAAGUAGAAACAAAGUCUUGACUGAAACAGCCACACUUGAUAUGAGAGCUGCUGAGAUCACACAACAACAGCAAAGUCUGGAUGAGAAUCUGAGAGACAUGAUGGAGGAGAAAAUGAAGAAACAUAAAAAAGACAUUGAAAAGGAAAGGGCUGAACUACAGAAGAGAGCUGAAGAUCUUGAGUUUCAAAUGAUAAAACUCAAAGAAAAUGAAGAGACGAGUAAAACAGCAAUGAAAAGAGAGAGGAAAGUUCUUGAGCAGAAGAGUGAAGAAAUCUCAAGACAAAGAGAUGAAUUAGAGAAGGAAAGAGAGGACAUGAAGAAGAAGAGAAAUGAACUGGAGAUUCUUCGGCAGGAAAUGCGGGAAGUUGAAGAUGAGUUACAGUCUGAAAAGACAGACAUCAACCAACAGAAGCAAAAACUGGAGGAGAGUUUGAGAGUCAUGAAAGAAGAGAGAAGUAAUCUGGAUAAGAUGAAGACUGAAUUUGUAACACAAAGAGAACAAAUGAAGGAGGAUGUCAGAAUAAAAGCAAAGAUGCAGGGAGAGGAACUUGAUCAGUUAAAAAAUGAAAUGGAAAGAGAAAAACAAGAAAAUGAGAAGAAUAAGGACAUCCUGAAUAAAUUAAAAGAGGAGUUUGAAUGUGAACAACAGAAAAUGAAAGAUGAGAUGGAGCAGAUGAAAGUCAAUAUAAAGAAAGUUCUGGAAGAGAUAGAGACAGACAGAAAUACAAAUGCUGAAAUGAAAGCACAACUUCAAAGUGAGCAAGAUGAGCUUGAUCAAAUCACACAGGAAUCAAGGAAGAAGAGAGCAGACCUGGAGAAGGAAUGGGCUGAAAUAGCUGCAGAGAGACAAACUCUGGAAGAAAAAAGCAAUACAAUUUUAAAGGUUAAAGAAGACACAGACAAAGAGAAAUCUCUGCUUACGGAGUUAAACAAUGCAUUAGAUAAUAAACAGAAGAAAAUAGAUGAUGAUCAGAAUGUGAUUCAACAGGGAAGACAUGAUCUGGAGAAGAUGAGGUCUGAAAUACUGACACAACAAGAGCAACUGAGAGAAAAGCUCAGAGAGGCCAUAAAACUAAGAUUAGAACUUGACCAGAACAUAAAAGAGAUUGAUAAAGAAAAGAAAGAAAUUGAAAGGAGCAAAGAAACAGUACAGAGGUCAAUGGACGAGAUGGAACAGCAGAAAACACAUAUAAUAAUCCAGCAAGAUGAAAUUGAACUUGAGAAUCAAAAGAUAACAGAUGAAAAGGAUGAGGUAGCUCAAAUAAAGAUUGAACUGCAAAAAGAGAGUGAAGAAAUCAAAUACAUGGAGGAGGAAAUAAAGGCAGAGAGGGAAACACUGAAGGAAAUGAAAGUCCAUCUACAAAAAGAAGAAGAGAAAAUAUAUAGUAUCAUUGAAGAAACAAAGAUAAGAAAAGAGGAUUUAGAAAAGAUGAGCAGAGAUAUAACUGAACAAAAACAGGAGCUGAAGACUAGCAGAGAUCUUCUGGAACAAGAGAGGAAAGAAACAAAUUAUAAAUGGACAGAGUUAAAGAAGAGGAUUGAUGAAUUUGAGGAUCAAGUCAGAAAACAGAAAGACGACGUGAUAAUGAAACAGAUGAAAACAGAAGAAAAACGAAAAAGUCUAGAGCAGCUCAAAACUGAGGUCCUGCAAAUGAAGACCAAAAUUGAUCAGGAGCAACAUGACAUACAGCUAGAAAGACAAAAGUUAAACUCAUCGCAAGAGCAAAUUAAUAAAGAAAAAGAGGAACUACUAGAAAGUAGAAACAAAGUCUUGACUGAAACAGCCACACUUGAGAUGAGAGCUGCUGAGAUCAACCAAAAACAGGAAAGUCUGGAUGAGAAUCUGAGAGAUAUGAUGGAGAAGAAAAUGAAGAAAGAGAGAAGAGACAUAGAAAGAGAACAGGCAGAACUACAUAGAAGAGCUGAAGACCUGGAUCUUCAAAUGAUAAAACUCAAAGAAUAUGAAGAGAUGUAUAAAAUAGCAACUGAUAAAGAGAGGGAAGUUCUUGAGCAGAAGAGUGAAGAAAUCUCAAGACAAAGAUAUGAAUUAGAGAAAGAAAAAGAGGACAUGAAGAAAAAUAGAAAUGAAUUGGAGAUUCUUCAGCAGGAAAUGCAGGAAGUCAAAGAGGAGUUACAGACUGAAAAGACAGACAUCAACCAGCAGAAGCAAAAACUGGAGGAGAGUUUAAGAGCCAUGAAAGAAGAGAGAAGUAGUCUGGAUAAGAUGAAGAUUGAAUCUGAAAUUCUAAAAGAACAAAUUAUUGAAAUAAGAAUAAAAGCAAAGUUUGAGAGGGAGGAACUUGAUUUGUUAAAGAAUGAACUGGAAAGAGAAAAACUAGAAAACGUCAAGAUCAAAGACAUUCUGAAAAAACUGAAAGAGGAGUUUGACUGUGAACAACAGAAACUGAAAGAUGAGAUGGAGCAGAUGAAUGUCAAUAUAAAGAAAGUUCUGGAAGAGAUAGAAACAGACAGAAAUACAAAUGCUGAAAUGAAAGCACAACUUCAAAGUGAGAAAGAUGAACUUGAUCAAAUCACACAGGAAACAAAGAAGAAGAGAGCAGACCUGGAGAAGGAAUGGGCUGAAAUAGAGGCAGAGAGACAAACUCUGGAAGAAAAGAGUAAAGAAAUCUUAAUGGAAAAAGACGACACUGAAAAGGAGAAAGAGACAAUUUGGAGAAUGAAAGGUGAACUAGACCAACAGCAAAUAGAAAACAUUAAACAGAAAGCUGAAAAUGAAAAUAUGAAAAACAUGACUAUGAUGGAGAAAUCUCUGCUUGAAGAGUUAAACAAUGAAUUACAUAAUAAACAGAAGAAAAUGCAUGAUGACAAAGAUUUAAUUGAAGAAGAAAGAAAUAAGCUGGAGAAGAUGAGGACUGAAAUGCUGACACAACAACAGCAACUGGGAGAAAAUAUCAGAGAGGCCAUGAAACUAGAAAGAUUACAACUUGACCAGAACAUAAAAGAGAUUGAUCGAGAAAAGAGUGAAAUUGAAAGGAGCAAAGAAACAAUACAGAGGUUAAUGGAUGAGGUGGAACUGCAGAGAACUCAUAUAAUAAUCCAGCAAGAGGAUAUAGAGCUUGAAGGACAAAAGACUGCAGAUGAAAAGGAUGAGGUGGCUCAGAUAAAGACCGAACUGCAAAAAGACAGUGAGCAAAUAAAAUACUUGGAGCAGGAAAUAAGGAAAGAGAGGGAAACGCUAAAUGAAAUGAAAGCCAGUCUACAAAAAGAAGAAGAGAAAAUUAAUAAAAAAAUAGAAAGAGAACAGACAGAACUAAAUAGAAGAGCUGAAGACCUUGAGCUUCAAAUGAUAAAACUCAAAGAAUAUGAAGAGACGAGUAAAAUAGCAAUUGAUAAAGAGACGGAAAUUCUUGAGCAGAAGAUUGAAGAAAUCUCAAGACAAAGAGAUGAAUUAGAGAAAGAAAAAGAGGACAUGAAGAAGAAGAGAAAUGAACUGAAGAUUCUUCAGAAGGAAAUGCAGAAAGUCAAAGAUGAGUUACAGACUGAAAAGACAGACAUCAACCAGCAGAAGCAAAAACUGGAGGAGAGUUUAAGAGCCAUGAAAGAAGAGAGAAGUAGUCUGGAUAAGAUGAAGAUUGAAUUUGUAACACAGACACAACAAAUGGAGGAACAAAUUACAAUUGAAUCCAAUUUGGAGCGAGAGGAGCUUGAUCUUGAGGAGCUUGACAAACCUGGAUCGACUGAUCAACAGGAGGAAGAAAUUGUCUCUCAAAGAGAACAGUUGAAAAGGGAAAGAUGUGAUAUCAGCAAACACCUAUCUGAGAUUCAAAGAGAAUGGGAGGAGCUAGAAAAAAACAAAAAUAUCCUAGAAAGUCAGAGAGAGGCUCUAGAAAAGAUGGGGAGCAAACUACAGACAGGGAGGCAGGAAGACAUGUUAGUUAGUUGUGCAACGCAAACUUUACUGUCUGAUUUAGAAGAGACAGGAGACAUUUCACUCCCUCAAGAAAUGAUUGCUGAAAAACAAACAGAAAAAUAUAAGGAACACACAACAAAAGAAACAGUAGAGAGAUCGACUGAUCAGAAAAUGGAGAAAAGCCUGACUAAGAAUAUAAAAAAAGAAAAUAUUGAGAUAAAAAUUGAGGAAGAGGCUGAAAUAGAGGCAAGCAGAGAGGACACUGCGUUGUCUCCUUCGGCAAUGGAAAGUGACAUGAAAUUUCAGUUGGCAUUUGAGACAGAUGAAACUGAGAUUCUAAAGAUCGAGAGAAUGGAACUCGGAAAAACAAGAACUGAUCGUCAGAGAGAGCAGAAAGAAGUUGAGAAAAUGAGACAAGGAAAGAAAUAUCUGGAAGAACAAACAGCAGCUCUAGUGAAUCAACGUGAUGAAUUGGAGAUCUGCAGACAAAAUAUAGAAAAUGAGAGAUUUGAGUUAGAAACAACCAUAGAAAAGAUGAAGAAAGAAAUUGAAACAUUUAAUGCAGAGACUAAUAGCAAACAGGAGAGAUUAAAGGAUCUAGAAGUCCAACUUCAAGCAAAGCUAGGAGAAAUGAGAACCAUCUCAGAUGAGACAGAAAUGAGAAGAGAGGAGCUAAAUUUGAUUAAAACAGAAAUACAAAGAAAGAGAGACAUGGAAGACACCAAAGAGACACAGUUUGAGUUACGGACUGUCGAAAGAGAUGAAAUACAGAACCAGAAGGAGGCAUUGAAGAAAGAACAAUAUGAAUUUGAAAAAAUGCACAAUGAAAUCCACAAUAAAGAAAAGGAAUUAGAGAUGCGUCUGACAAUACUGGAUUCAGAAAAGGAUGAAUUGAAUAAAACAAGGGCUGAUCUGGAAACACAAAAACAUCAAUUAGAGCUCAUCCAACAAACCAUCAAGACUGAAAAAGAAGAGCAGAAACCCAUGUUAAGAAGAGCAGAGGACACAAAGAGCAUUUUGGAAGUAGUCAUAAAAGAAGAGAAAAUUAAAGAAGAAAUGACAACCCAACUUUCCCAAAAACAGGACGAGCUUAAAAACAUUAUAAAGGAGAAAAGUAAACUCAUGGAUGAGAUCAAAUUGAUGGAUCUGGAUAUCAAAAAAAGACAAGAGGAACUGGAAUAUGUUAAAAGUUUGACACAAAAAGAGCUGGAUGAGGUAGAGAUGAAGGAAGAGGAAAUGGACAGAAUGAGGAAUCAAACUGACAUGGAAUGGGGAGAAAUACAGAAAAUAAAAGAAGGGUUUGAGGAAGAAAGGAUUAAACUGGAGCAAAUGAAAGCAGACUUACAGAAAGAGGAACAGCUUAUAAUUGGAAAAACAAAAACACAGCAAACCGAUGCAGAGGUGCAGUAUGAGCAGUAUGAUGAUGCUCAGGACUCAUUGAAGAAAAAGGAAGAGGAAAUAGAGAAGGUCAAUGCAGACCUCAAUAACAAGCAAAGGGAGAUUGAGAAUAUGAGGGAAAUUAUAAUAAAGGUCGAGGAUGAGCUGAAACAGAUACAAGCUGAAAUGCAGCGAAUGACGGAAGAAACAAUAAAGAAUGAAACAAUCCUCAGUGAAACCAAGAGACAGAAGGAAGAGUUGGAACAGAUGAAUGCUGAUUUGAUCAGAAAAAACACAGAACUAGAUAGCAACUGCCGACUUCUAGAAAGAGAAAAGAUAGAAGCGGACAAAAGAUUGUCUGCAUUACAGCAUGUGGUGAAUGAACUGCAUGUAAGGUUGAAUGAUUUAGAAGAUCUUGAAAAGUUCAAGUUGGAAGAGAGAGAAGCAGAGAAGACAACUAUAGAGGAAGCCAAGGAGGAAUUAUCGAAAGAGCGAGAGAAAAUUAAAAAAGAAAAUGAAGACUUGAGAAUGAGAAGAGAUGAGCUACUGCAUAUGGAACAAGAAAUUCAAAAUCAGACGAGAGUCUUAGAAAAAAUGAAGAACGAAGUGGAAAAUACUGGAAUCGCACAACAUAAGGCUGUGCAAACACAACAAAUAGAAGAUACCUUAAAAGUCCCAGAAAGCAGAAAUUUGGAUGAAGCACGGGUACAUACAGAAUAUUCCAGACAAGACGAAGGAGUCAAACUCAAACAAAUCCUGAAAAAUGAAAGAGAAGAGGUCGCACACCUGAAGGAUCAGUUACUGAAAGAGAAAGAAGAUGUUGAAACCAUGAAAGAGAGAAUUAAUAGAAAGAUGGAGCAUGUUGAUAAGAUGCAUUCCCAGUUAAUUGGAAGAAUCCAAGAGAUAGAGUUUGAAAAGCAAAAACUAGAAGACCGGAGGAAUGAACUGAGCCAGAAAGAGACUGAGAUUGAAGAAAAGAAAACUGAUCUUGAGAAAAUGAUGGAGGAAUUAGAAAGAGAGAAAGAAAAAUUAAACGCUAUAGCAAUUCAACAACAAAAAGAAAGAGAAGAGAUUGAUUUAGUAGCAGAGGAAAACAAACGGAAACAAGUGACUGCAGAAGAUGAGGUUCAAAAACAACUACAGGACAUCGAAAACACCAAGUUCAGGUUGGAAAAGGAGAAGAAUGAGAUGAAGGCAGAGAUACAAUUCAAAAAGGAAGAACUAGAAAAAUUAACCAGAAGACAGCAAAAGGAGUUUGAAGUCAAAGAGAGCUACAUACAACGUGAAAGGAAUGCUUUGGAAAAGAUGAAUUUUGAGUUGGUAAAGCAAAUCACAGAGAUGGAAAAUGACAAAGAAGAUAUACGACUCCAGAAAGAGAAAAGAACUAUGUGGGAAGCACAAAUACAGAAACAAAAGGAUGAAACUGAGGAGCUGAAGAACAUCAUAGAAAAAGAGCACACUGAAAUUCAACAACAAAAACAAGAGAUGGAUAGAAUUCUGCAAACAACCAGGACUGAGAUGCAAGUUGCCGAGCAACUAAGAAAAGAAAUGGAACAACAGAGGAUAGAAAUUGUACAUAUGCAAGAUAAACUGACUGAGGAAAAACAUGAGCAGGAUCGCAUAAAAACUGAGUUACAAUCAGAAAGCCAGAGAGUUGAAGAAGACAGGCAGAUGCUGAAACAGUCAAUGAAUGAAAUAGAAAAUACAACAUCUCAGUUGAACAGAGACAUGGAGAAAAUGACCGCAGACAAACAAAAUAUUCAAGAUGAAAAAUCUUCCCUGGAAGAGUUCAAGGCUGAUUUACAAAGAGAAGCUGGGAACAUUGAAAAGCUUAAAGAGGAAAUAAAGCUUGAGAAGCAGAGAACAGAGCAAAAAGCCUCUCAAAUCAAUAAAGACAAAGUUGACACUCAGAAGAUGCUGGAGGACAUAAGAAGAAAGCAAGAAGAGCUUGACGCCAUUCACGCUGAAAUUGAAAGACAGAAAAAGGUGGUGGAGUCUGAUCUGUUUCUACUUCAGACACAAAGAGACGACAUAGAGAAUAGCAAAACAGAGAAUGAGAUUCUAAGAGAGAAUCUUGAAAAACAAAAGGUGAAGAAUGAAGAGGAACUGCAAAAAGAGAGACUGGCUAUGGAAGAGAUGAUUUCUGAAAUGGCCGAGCAUAGAGACAAAGCGGAAAACAUGUGGAAUGAAAUAAGACUAAAAGAAACUGAACUGACAAACAAAGAGAUAGAACUUGACAUUCGGCAGAAAGACAUAGAUGACUUAAGAAACACUGUCACGGAUGAGAAAAUACAAAUAGAAGAUAGACAAAAUGCUUUGGAUCAACAGCAAAAAGCGGUCGAUCAAUUGAUUGAUGAAAACAAGACCAAGCAAACUGAUCUGGAACAUCAAAGACAACAACUUCAAGAGAACAUGGCACAACAUUUUGAAAUGGAAAGAGAAGAUCUUGAAAGUUUAAGUGAAAAAAUCAGGAGAGAUAAAGAAGAAAUGAAAAGCCUGAAUGUUGAGAAAGAAAUGACCAAACAAGAAAUGUCAGACAACAAAGAGAUGUUUGAAAAAGAGAUGCACAAUAUGGAGCAGAAAAAGGUAGAUUUAUUGACAGAACUUAAUGAGCUUGAAGUUAAGAUUAAAAGUAAGACCAAAGAAGUAGAAAGUACAAUGAUGGAGGAAGAAAAGCAGAUCCAAGCUACUCUACAAACAGUAAAAGAUGACACUGAAGCAGACCAGACAGCUGUGAGACUAGAACUGCAGGUCGAUCUACAGAAACAAAGUAAAGAAUUAGAAGAACUGAAAAACAAAGUCGACGCAGAGAAAUACCAGCUGGAAAAAAGAAAAGCCAUGUUAGAUGAACAGCAACAAGUAGCAGAAGACAUCAUGGCAGUCAUUGAACAAGAGAGAGAGAAGCUUGAGAAAGAGAAGUCUGAGCUUGAUAACACCAGACAAAUCCUUAACGAAAAUGUGCAGAGGGAACAGCAAAAACUCGAGAAGCUUAAAGAGGAUAUACAAAAAGACAGAGAGGACAUUGAACACAGCAAGCGGAUCAUUGAAAAUGAAAAUGAUUGUAUCAUAAAAGACAGAGAUGAGUUAAACGCACUAAAGGAGGAUAAUGAAUACUGCAAACAGAGCAUACAACAUGAGAGAUAUUUGCUGCAACAAGAAAAGGACCUGAUACAGAAAGAAAAAGAGAAUAUGAAAGAAAAGAUAGAAGAAAAAAAUAAUAGAACAAAGAAGGAAAUAGAAUUCAUGGCUACCCAAAUUUUUGAGAAUAAAAUGGAAUUGAAAAGUCUCACAGAGCAAACAAACAAAAAGAUAUCUGAACUGGAGAUGUUAAACAAGGAAAUUGAAGAAAAGAAACAAACGGCUAAAAUGAAACACUUAGCAGAAGAGAGUGAUGCUGAUCUUCCUAUAGACAAAGAAAUGGUGCAGGAACCAAAGACAGAUGUACUCCAGACGUAUCAACAGUUACAGAUAAAGACCAUAUUAAUACAUGCUGAGACACAAACAUCUUUGGAUGACAUGACAAAAGAAGAGGAUGGAAGACAAAAAGAAUUAGAAAAAGAAACUGAAGCCACAAAAACACAACCUACUGAUUCUAUUGUACAAAAUAUAGAAGACUCAUGCACGUUUAAAAUGCCAACAGAGAGCCAAGAAAGUUGGCGAUCUUCAAAGACAGAAAAGGAAGAUUUGAGAAUGGAGACAACAAUGGAGAAUGCAGAGAAACUGGCAUAUGCAACAAUUGAGAUUGAAAAGAAGACAGUUGAUGUUGAAAGUACAAUGAAGAAAGCGAUGUAUGAGAAGUCAAGAGAUGAGGAAUAUCUGCUUAUACUUACACAAGACAAGGAGGCGCUAUCAAACAUCCUGGAUGAGAAAAAUAAGGAAAUAGAGACUAUUAAGUUAACAUUCCAGAGAGAGAUGGAAGAGCUGGAGAAGACUUUGGCGACAAUAAAAGAACAAAAGAAAAAAGUGGAGGCUGAAAAUGAGACACUUCAACAAAUGCAAACUGAAAUACAACAGGAGAUACGUGAGAUCGAGAGAGAAAAGAAGGUGAAGGAAACCAAAGAAAUUAUACAUGAAACAUUCUCAGUACAAGGCACUGAAGACGUCUCAGAUAUGGAAAAGUCCGAUGUUGACCACAGUCCCACAAGAGACAGAGUAACACAAUCAAAUGCAGAGACACAAACUUCCACACCUGACUACACCCGACAUGAAGCACUUCAAUUAACACAACAUCCAGAUGAUGUGACACAAGUACAAGAUAAGCAAAAUAUCAUCCAAUUUGAAUUACCGCUGGAAAAAGAUGAAAUCGAGAAGAAAAUGAAAAUGAUACAAACCACCAUCCUUGAGCUUGAGGAAGCAAAGGCAGACCUGCAAAAAACGAGGGAUGAAUGUAGAGAUGCCAAAGAAACAAAGUUAGAGAUCACGGAGAGCAUCGAAAAGCGUAGGAAAAGUCUAGAGAAUGUUUAUGCUGAGGUCCUAAGACUCAGAGAGGAGACAGAGCAUCUAACACAAUCAUGUCAAGGCAAAUGGAGUGAACUGGAGCAAAUAGAAGCCGACCUACAAAAACAGAAGAUGAGGACUGUAAAGACUCAACUGGACACUGAUACACACGAAGACAAAGUAGUAAGUCAAGAGACACAAACUGAAGACCAGAAAGAGGAUGCAGAAACAAUAGAGAGAGGUGUUCUACCGCGGAGAGAAGAAAUUGAGUCAAUGAAAAAGAGAAUACAGGAGAUGAAAAGAGAACUUGAAAACCGAUUAAAAGACAUCCAGAAGAGUGAAUUGGAAAAGCUUGGCACACAACGAGAAAAAAUUGAGCUGGAGCUAAGAAAAGCAGAGAUUGAGAGGUAUAACGAAGCCCUUCAGAGUGAACACGAGACGGAAAGACUGAAAAUCAUGGAACGAGAGAAGGAGAUCAUUCUAUUAAGGGAAUGUUUGCUGAUGGAGAUAAAUCAGCUGAGGAGCGAAGGGACGGCAACAAGUACACAACACUUGGAGAGGAUGGAACACCUCAUCUGUGAUGGAGCUGGGAGGAUGGACAGAUUGAGACGGGUGACGGACAGAGCCGUGCAAACACUGAUGAUGGAGAGAGAAGUAGAACAGACUCGUAGAGAUCAUCAGGUGGAAGUAUCUGGAAGGGUGGAGCUUCCUUUGGACGUCUGGGAGGAGGACAGACAGGAAGAACUUAGAGCAGAAUUACAGAACCGAGGGGCAUUGGCUGGGUCAGGUUCACGAAGGAGGAGAUUACUGCACUGGAUCAGACGCCGAUGCGGUUGUCCCAGAAAUCCUAGACACAUUGGAGAGGAAGAGCAGGACAUUUUAUAAGCACAUGUUUUGUUUAUAUGCUGUAUAUAAACAUGAAGCGAUUUCGAAAAUGAUUUUAAUAGCAUUAUGUGUGAACGCAACAUUCCAAUAAUAUCUACUAAAGAUCUUAUCGAGAAUACUAAUGCCACAAAGCAUACUGCAUAUUUAGUCGUAGUGCCGAAGUUAUUUGCAUUGCACCAAAUGCCUGGCUGUUACAUAUUUCAUGAUGUUUAUCACAGUUUGUAUUAUCCAACAGAUGAGAGCGUUGCAUUUUUAAAACACAUCACAGGUAUUUGCAUAAACCAGAAUAGACUAAUGACUGAAUGCAUCUUUCAUGAACGCAUACAUCUAAAUGAAUGUUUAGUUCAUAUCAUUAGCAUAAUGUAUGUAAUUGCAUUUGUGUUACUGUGUGUGUGUUUGUGUGAAUGGUGCUGUUUUCCCUCAUCUGUGAAACAUCUUGGGAAAUGGAACAAUUAAUGCCAAAAUGAUCCACAUUAUUUCUCUAUGCAAAUGACUGUAAUUAUUACUGUGUGUUAGUUUUUAUUCUGAUAUUCCCUUCUGAACAAAUCUUCCGGGAACUGAGAUGUUGGGCUCUCUUAAUUGGAAGAUUUGGAAAUUACGUGAACCUUCAAGGUGUGUGUGAAAAAGCAAAGGUCUCUUACAUGCAAUACGCACAUUUCCUUAGGGGCACAAAUGAACACAGAUGAAUGUGAGAUGGCAGUGUCAUUGCUCCAGCUUCAGUGCUCGGGGUCAUCUUUGUUGGGUUCAAAUACUUGCGGCUCCACAUUGAAGGGAAUAAAGAAGUUGUGUUGUCUCUAUUUAAAGCAGAUCAAAGAAGCUGAGUGAGCAGUGCAUUCUGCACCAGAAGCUUAAAUACUGUACAGGUCUGUUGGCUUAAAGAGUUAAAAAAAAUCAAGCUUUAAUAGUAAUACUUUAAGUCGAUUAAGAGUUUCCAACCCUCAAACAAUCUAGUAAAUAUAUAGUUUGAAUUUGAUAAACAAUGUGAAAAUUGUUAAUUAAAUUGUUAACACCACCAUCCACAUACAUAUACACAUUACACAUGUUUUUCCAAGUACUGUUUAGAGAUUGUCUCACAUAAGCUUAUGUAUAACAAUAUAUUGCUUUAAAUUUGAAUAAAUUAUAUUCUAAAUAAA